CAGAAAGUCAGAAACCCCUCUUAUUUCAACUAUUUAUCUUCCUAUAAUGUGAUUUUAACCUGAACUCUAACCCUAAAUUAAGAAUGAAAAGCAAUUGUAUUUAUUUAUGAAUUGUUUUGCUAUAGUCACAUGUUCCGUUCAAUUGAACGUUCCAAACGUAAAAGCGUACUGAACGCAGCCCAGACAGCGGUGUGUUCAGAGCUGAUGGCGGUGGUGGCGGGUAGCGGACCGCAGAACUGGCCGGUGGAGAGGAGGGGAUAACGUAGCUUUUUUUAGUCCACAAGUUGUGAGAUUGAAAAUUAACUUCGACAAGGCUUGACCAGAUUACAUUCACUAAAUUAUUUGAAACUCCCCGGCUUUGAUUUCUUUAUCAAGCGGGUAGCUACGUUAGUGUAGGCCUCAAGCCUCGGAUAAAGUUGUCGUCUGAUCCUGGGAUUGGGAAUCCAAGAAAGAUCUCUCACGCCAGUCCCAUCUCGGACAAUUGGGAAUCCCUGUUCGGAAACUAUUUGGGAUCCAUGCUUGGAAGAACAAGCUAGUGGCUUUAUGAGUGGAGUAGUUUUUUUCUUUAAAUGAUUGUUUAAACGGCAGCUCCGGAGGCGUUGCUGCAUAUUGGCAAAGUUAUUAAAGGGACGAGCUAACUAGUUAAUCUAUCCUACAGACAAUGUUCCAUUGCUGCUAGCUGAUUUCGCAAAGGAAUGCCGAAUGGAUGAAUGGGCAACCGCUUGUAAUGCUCGGAUUUAAACAGCUGCUUGGUGAUGACCUCAGUGUUACAAACAAUUAGUUUCGUUAGUUAGCAACCCUGUAAAUAAAAGACCAUAGAGCACUCGAACAAACGUCGAUUUUUAUUUUGCUGUGCAGCCAGCAAUCUGAUUCAUGGUGCGGACGGAGCACACACUCCGAUGGCCAGGGUUGCAAUGUAUUGACAUUACUGGUCAACAAUUUAGUUGACCAUUUGUGUUUCUUUCAUCUGUUUUAAUUACAGACGUGUUUUUUUUAUCCUAGGACUUGUAGCUGAAUCAUAGGCUUAUGUAAUGUAUGUAUGCAGCCGUAAAGCUACAUAUCUGGCAUCCUUGAUUUGAAGAAACUUUGCACUACUUAAAUAGUGGUGAGGCUAUCCCAGGUUUGGAAUGGGGAAUACGGUUUCAUGCUGCGUGUCGCCCGAGGAGAGCCCAAAGCUACCAAGGCAACCGGUGGACCGCAACGAAGACUACCAAAUAAUUACGGACGUGAGUGACGACACCGGCCCGUACCUGCAGCACAUCAGCGACAGAGAAGUCCCUGACGAACUGGCCCAGGAGUCCAACCCAUCAGACCAUGCCCGAGCCAGCACCAUCUUCCUCUGCAAGUCCCAGACAGACAGUGAAUUGCGAGACAAGAGGAAAAGCAAUCACAUUAACCAUGGUAGUCAUACCUCUCCUGGCCCUCUCUCUAAGAAGUACAGUUCCUGUUCCACCAUCUUUAUAGAUGACAGCACGGUCAGCCAGCCUAACUUGAAAAGCACAAUUAAAUGUGUUACAUUAGCAAUAUACUACCACAUUAAAAACAGGGACUCAGGCAGGUCACUGGACAUUUUUGAUGAGAAGAUGCACCCCUUAUCGAGAGAGCAGGUCCCUGACAACUACUCUGUUAUGGACCCUGAGCACAAACUCAUCUACCGCUUUGUCAGAACUCUGUUCAGCGCUGCACAGCUCACUGCAGAGUGUGCAAUCGUCACCCUGGUGUACCUGGAGCGUCUGCUGACCUACGCUGAGAUAGACAUCUGUCCCUGCAACUGGAAGCGUAUCGUACUGGGAGCCAUCCUGCUGGCGUCCAAGGUGUGGGACGACCAGGCCGUGUGGAACGUAGACUACUGCCAGAUCCUCAAAGACAUCACCGUGGAGGACAUGAACGAGAUGGAGCGUCACUUCCUGGAACUUCUGCAGUUCAACAUCAACGUCCCGGCCAGUGUUUAUGCUAAGUACUACUUUGACCUGCGAUCUCUGGCCGAGGACAACAACCUCCUCUUUCCCCUCGAGCCACUCAGCAACGAGAGGGCACAGAAACUGGAGGCCAUCUCCAGACUGUGUGAAGACAAGUACAAGGACCUGAGCCGAGCGGCCAUGAGGAGGUCCUUCAGCGCUGACAACCUGGUGGGCAUCCGCCGCUCCAACGCUGUGCUCUCAUAGGCCAGCCACACUUCAGCGUUGUGCUCUCAUUAGUCAGCGGCAAAUCUGUCACUCCAACACUGCUCUCUCAUAGGACAGCCACACUCCAACAUUGUGCUCUCACUGGACAGACACAAUGGUGGAGUUAAUUUCGCAUGGCCCUGCUCAUUUUAGACUUGCAUUGGUCCUUAAGUGAAAAGUCCACCCGCCUGGAGCACUGAGCCAUGCAAAAUUAACUCCACCAAUAUCUGACCUCUACAGCCCAACCAACACCCCAGGAUACCUGCCACACACCUAGCCCCUCAGAGACUGGUCGAGGCAGCACCAUAGGCCCCACCUGUCCUGUCCCAGACCCUAAGAGACUGGUCGAGGCAGCACCAUAGGCCCCACCUGUCCUGUCCCAGACCCUAAGAGACUGGUCGAGGCAGCACCAUAGGCCCCACCUGUCCUGUCCCAGACCCUAAGAGACUGGUCGAGGCAGCACCAUAGGCCCCACCUGUCCCGUCCCAGACCCUAAGAGACUGGUCGAGGCAGCACCAUAGGCCCCACCUGUCCCGUCCCAGACCCUAAGAGACUGGUCGAGGCAGCACCAUAGGCCCCACCUGUCCCGUCCCAGACCCUAAGCGCAAAAUAACUUCUUCACUACAUAGAAAGAAGGGGAAAAAAUACUUUUUUUUGGUGCUUACUAUGUAGGCUACUAGCUGUGAAAUGUACCUGUUUUUAAAUGGAAAAUCAUUUGGAGAUGGAGUAUUUUAAAUAAACACUAAACAUGUAACAAA